AUGUCCGCCUUCCUCCGCGGCAAGCAGACGGGCAUGCACAAUGACCUCUCGGUCAACAUCCGUCCCGAGCUCUUUGCCCCAGACGAUCGCUCGCGCUAUGGCAUAAACUCGCAAAUCAGUUGUUUAUGCUACGAACCAGUCCAAUCUCUGCUCGCCGUCGGCACGAAUGAAUCCAAGUUUGGCAGCGGUCGGAUAUAUGUGUUCGGACAGAAUCGGGUUCAGAAGCUCUUUGUGCCCAGCCAGCCCUGUUCCUUUGUCGAUGUUCAGUUCUGCGCCAACCGCUUGAUCAGUCUCGACUCGAAACAUGAAAUGACAAUAUGGAACCUCGAUACGGGAGCGAAAGUCAACUCUUUCCGCGCACCAGGCGUGUGCGUCUCUAUGCUCACAGAUCCAAUGCUUGACUGGUGCUUCAUUGGCAUGCAGCAGGGCGAUGUUUUCGCCUAUGACCUCGACCGCGAGCGCAUGUCGAACUUCCGGCUACCCAACUUUUGGAACAAGAAAGAUCCCAAAGCCCGCGCCAUAUCUCUGGUGUCCAUGCAGCUACACCCUCGAGACAUCGGCAAGCUCAUGAUCGCGUACAGCCAUGGUGUCGCUAUAUACUCGUUCAAACAAAACCAGCCCACAAUGUUUCUGGAGUACCAAGUACCACCUGGUGCACACGGUGGCAACGGCAUUGGCGUCGACAUGUUGCGGAAACCCAGGGUCACGCAGGCGGUGUGGCAUCCGACAGGGACUUUCAUACUCACGGCGCACAAUGAUGGAAGCUUGGUCUUCUGGGAUGCAAAGGACGGACGUGUCGUCAUGGCAAGAACCCUAGAUGACUUCGGUGUUGAUCAGCCUUCGCCGAAGCACCCCACGCCGAAACAGCGGCAGCCCUUCAUUCGGAUUACUUGGUGUUGCAAACCCAACCCAGAAGACAGUGGGCUACUGAUCGCUGGAGGGCGGAGUAUGGAUGAGCCAGCCAACGGGCUGACAUUCAUCGAGCUGGGUGUCACGCCCGUGUAUGCGACAUCGUCAUGGCAGAUUCUGGCUGACUACUGCAAAGGGAAGAAGCAGUCAACGCUGGAAACACCUCCCGGAGCAGAGGUCGCCGACUUCUUCCUUGCCCCGAGAGUAUCUCCACAUUUCGCCAACGCCUGUGACCCUAUUGCCGUGCUGACGCUACUCUCCUCCGGUGAGCUUCUGACCAUGAGUUUUCCUAGCGGUUACCCGAUCUCGCCUACGAACCAGCUCCAUCCUUCCUUGUCGUUUGUUCAUCCCUUUGCCACAAAAUUCGAAGUCACAGUCCUCGAUCGGCCAAGAUGGCUUGGAAUGGUGGAGAAUCGAAAUCGUGGUGAGCCACUGCUCAAGGGUGGCGCAGAAGCAGCGUUGCCUUCACGCAAGUUUGAAGGCCGGACGAUUAUUCAGGUCGCACAUGCUGAUAGCACCGUGCGCAUCUGGGAUGUUGGCCACGGCGACGAGAUUGAGAACCCGACACAACUCCAGGUUGAUGUUGCCCGGUCGCUGAACCGGUACGAAGACAUCACAGUCACAGCCUUGAGCAUGGGCGCUCAGACGGGCGAGUUGGCAGUUGGCACAACUGGUGGCGAGGUCCUCAUCUACAAAUGGGGCGGCAACAAGUUCUUCGGGCAGGACCAAUCUCAACAUCUUGACCCGAAUCCUGGCGGGCUGACCGACAUCAGCUUGAGAGCCGAGCCGAGCCUCAAGACUGGCCUGCAACCAGCCGUCAUGUAUGAGAUGAUGCAAGGACCCAUAAGCGUUCUCAAGGUUUCCGACAUCGGGUUUGUGGCUAUCGGAUCUGAGGGUGGCUUCAUCACCAUCAUCGACCUGAGGCAGCCGGCUGUAAUCUUCCAGGCCUCGAUGGCGGACUACAUCAAGAAAGACAAGAGGGCGUCGUUCUUGAAGGGCAGCACGCCAACCGCCAGCGGCAGAGACUACCCAGUCAAGGUUGAGUUUGGCGUUAUGACUCUCGAGGACGACAGUUACUCGAGCAUUUGUUGUUUCGUUGGCACUACCGAGGGCAAAGUAGUUACGCUGAAGCUGCUUCCGUCUGGCAACGGCUACAGCGUGCAAGCUGCGGGGGUGACCCAGUUCAACGAUCGUGUUGUGGCUCUUUGCCCGAUUGUCGCCGCGACAGGCAAACCUGCAUAUGCCACAGGCAGCGCCGUUGCUGGUCUCAGAGAGGGCAAGAGCAUCGAAGGUCUUUUGGUUGUUGUGACACGCAGCGAAGCCCGCAUCUUCAAACCUGCGACAGCCAAAGGCGCAAGCAAGUCCUUCGAUGAUUACCUGUGCGACGCGGCAUCCGUGACGGAGUUUCAACUCCACGGAAUGGCUCUUGUCGGUGUAUUUGGUGACCGGGUCACACGAGCAUUCUCGCUACCGGGACUGAAGGAGAUUGGCAGCGCCAGAAUACCAAUGAUGGACGGCAGCCGUGGCGAGGACGCUAUCGUCACCAAUGAUGGGGAUGUCUUUGUCUGGGCCGGACCUUCUGAGCUGGCUAUUCUCGAUGUUUGGGGUAUUGGCAAGCAGCUUGGCAACACUGCAGACAGAUUGAUUAACCCGGCGCUGGUCUUGCCACCCCGACCUACGAUAUCAAACGUCCAAUGGAUAUCAGGCACACAGUACAUCUCGCCACCGGACUUGGAUCUCCUCAUCGGCGGGGCCGACCGGCCGCCUAGCAAGCGGAUGAUGGAGGCAGCGACAGCCAUGCAGCAAGGCUCUCGUGGCAGCACGGCUGCAAGCCAAGGCUAUGGCUCUUCGUCCAUGGCGGGCACGAGCCAAGAGGGCUGGGGCGAGUAUCUCACGCGGCAGCUCAAUGAGCGCACAGAAAAGCUCAACUUGAUGAACGACAGCGUUGAAGGUGCGGCGAACGCCAGCCAGAAUUGGGCCGACGAGGCAAACAAGUUUUUCAAGAAGCAAAAGAGGAACAUUCUCUGGGGCUCCGUGACGAGCAAGUUCUCGUAG